UCAUUCUCACUAUUCCUGCGUCUUUGCCAAUAUGAAGUAUAUGAAAACAAUCCUCCGAUCACCACCUGUGAUCUCGAGAGGGUUUAGUAAUAAAAUUAUACUUCCAAAAAUUAAGAACAUCGAAAUUCCACAGUCAUCUGUAACCGAUUACGUAUGGAAAAACUUGGAAAAAUGGCAUAAUAAAACUGCUUUGGUCUGCGGAGAAACUGGACGCAGCUAUUCCUUUUCGGAUGUCUACACAAAGAGUGACAGAAUAUCGAACUACUUGGGGCAUCUUUCGGAGUUGAACAAAGGCGAUACCAUUGCAAUUAUCCUUCCAAACGUUCCUGAGUAUGCGUUGGUCGCACUCGGUGCACUUAAGGCUGGGUAUAAGAUAACAACAAUAAAUCCACUAUUCACCCAAGACGAACUAUUCAAUUCCUUCAGAAUAUCCGAGCCGAGACUCAUUUUUACACUUACGGAAUUAUGGCCGAACGUCCACCAAGCGCUGAAACAAUGGAGUACUCGUAACAUACCGAUCAUCACUAUCAACCAUAGUGAGGAAGUUAUGGAUUGUCCACUGGGCGCAAUUAAGCUUAGUGAUGUCUUAGAAAAUACAUUUCCCACAAAAGCGCACCCACAUAACUGGAAAGAUGUCUUGUAUCUACCGUAUUCGAGUGGCACCACCGGAUUGCCCAAGUGUAUUGAGUUGACCACGGAAAAUCUCGUCACCUGCUUGCAUAACCAAAGCAUGCCCCAAUUCAAUUUUAUACCACCGACCACUGAUGACGAUCAAGGAGUCUACCCCAUUAUGCUGCCAUUCCACCACAUCUACGGCAUGCUAGCGUUGCUAUUAAACCUGUCGUUGGGAUGCAAGGCGGUUACUAUAGCAAGGUUUACGCAGGACACAUUUUUAAAAGUGUUAAAGAAAGAAGAACCCACCCACUGUUAUUUGGUUCCCCCAUUAAUGAAUAUGCUAGCGAAUGAUGCGCGUUUUAAGCCGGAACACUUAGCCCAAAUCAAAAACAUAAUGGUAGGGGCCGCACCUACGGGAAUUAGUGAUAUUCAAAGGCUACAAGAAAAAACCAAGGGAACUGUGCGAAUAUUUCAAGCGUACGGAUUGACCGAAACUACAGGCGUGGCAUUUUUACAAACUUCAGCAAUGCCGGGUGGUGUGAAAUUGGGAGGGUGCGGUGUGAUUUUUCCAAAUCACGAGUGCAGAAUUGAGAGUUCGCCAGAUUCAAAUUACGGUCACCCUCAAUCUGGGGUUUUGUUUGUAAGAGGACCUCAAGUUUUUAAGGGUUACCUCAAUAAUCCGAGUGCGACUAACUCAGUUUUGGAUUCCGAAGGCUGGUUGGAUACUGGAGAUGUGGGAUACUGUGACGAAGACGGGCAGUUCUUCAUCACGGACAGAGUUAAGGAAUUAAUUAAAGUAAAAGGGUAUCAAGUCGCUCCAGCCGAACUUGAGAGUAUUUUACGUAGUCAUCCCGACGUCGAGGACGCAGCCGUCAUUGGCCAAAAGCAUGACCGUUUCGGGGAGGUUCCAAAGGCGUUUGUUGUGAUUAAACGUGGAAAUCGGGCGAAUCUGAAGAGCAUUGAGGAGUUUGUCGCCGGCAAAGCUUCGAAGUAUAAACAUUUGCUUGGGGGCAUUUCCGUUAUUGAUAGCAUACCGAAAUCGGCUUCUGGAAAAAUCCUACGUAGACUCCUUAAGCAGUAAUGUAGCGCAAUUAACUCAAUGAAUUUGUUUAAAACGCAA